AUAGUGUGAGGGUGGUUUGUCUGGGUUUAUGAUGGUUUAUGACAUAAGGCUUUUCAUAGUGUCACUGUCAUUGUCAUACUAAUACUGUGUUUGCUCGUUUACUCAUAGAUUAAAAUAAUAAUAAUAUUAAUAUAUAUUAACAUAUAUAUUAAUUAACAUUAAAUAAUAUUAACAUAUAUAUUAAUAUAAUAUUAUAGUAUUCUAGUGUUUACUGUGCUUACUGCUUACUUACCUCUAGUGUAAUAAAAUUUAACAUGGAAGUAAAACAAGAAAUUAGUGAAGAGAAGUGUAAAACAGAAAUUGAAUAUAAUAACUUGGAUGAUGCUCUUUUGGGUGGCUUUCAAUAUGAAAUAAAGGAGGAAUCUAAUAGGCAAAGUUCACAUGACACACACGAUUAUUUAGACUUAAAGGAAUGUCUCAUAAAAACUGAAGUAGAACAAUAUGAAGAAAGACAAAAAACUGAAGAAGGUUAUCCCCAAGAUGAAGACAAAACGGAAAUCAUGGAGAAACUCAUUGAAGAUUCAUCUUGCAAAGGAAAUGACACGAGUCGACACGAUGAAGGGAAACCAUUAAAUCAAACUAUGGAACUUGCAACUGGACAAAGACGUUUUAAGUGCGAAGUUUGUUUUAAACGGUUUAGCCAAGCAACUAAUUUGAAAGGACAUUUGAGAGUGCACACUGGAGAAAAACCAUACAAGUGCGAGAUUUGUUUUAAGCAAUUUAAUUUAGCAGGUAAUUUGAAAACACAUUUGAGAGUGCACACUGGUGAAAAACCGCAUAAGUGUGAAAUUUGUUUUAAGCAAUUUAGUCAAGCUAUUGCUCUAAAACAACAUAUGAUAGUGCACACUGGGGAAAAACCUCAUAAGUGUGAAAUUUGUUUUAAGCAAUUUAGUCAAGCUAUUACUCUAAAACAACAUAUGAGAUUGCACACUGGAGAAAAACGUUACAAGUGUGAAAUUUGUUUUAAGCAAUUUAGUAACGCAAGUCAUUUGAAAGGACAUUUGAGAGUGCACACUGGAGAAAAACCUCAUAAGUGUAAAAUUUGUUUUAAACAAUUUAGUCAAGCGGGUAGUUUGAAAACUCAUUUGAGUGUUCACACUGGAGAAGAACCUCAUAAGUGUGAAAUUUGUUUUAAGCAAUUUAGUAAUGCAAGUCAUUUGAAAUACCAUCUGAGAACACACACUGGAGAAAACCCUUACAAGUGCGAGAUUUGUUUUAAGCAAUUUAGCGAACCAAGUAAUUUGAAAACACAUUUGAGAGUGCACACUGGAGAAAAACCCUACAAGUGCGAGAUUUGUUUUAAACAAUUUCGUCGAACAGAUCAUUUGAAAGAACAUUUGAGAGUGCACACUGGCGAAAAACCUCAUAAGUGCGAGAUUUGUUUUAAGCAAUUUAAUCAAACAGGUGAUCUUAAGCAGCAUUUGAGAAUACAUACUGGAGAAAAACCCCAUAAGUGCGAGAUUUGUUUUAAGCAAUUUAGCAAAGCGAGUAGUUUGAAAACACAUUUGAGAGUGCACACUGGAGAAAAACCCUACAAGUGUGAAAUUUGUUUUAAGCAAUUUAGUAAUUCAAGUCAUUUGAAAGGCCAUUUGAGAGUGCACACUGGAGAAAAACCUCAUAAAUGUGAAAUUUGUUUUAAACAAUUUAGUCAAGCGGGUAAUUUGAAAACUCAUUUGAGUGUGCACACUGGAGAAGGACCUCAUAAGUAGGGGUCGCCAAGUUCUUGAAAAUUUCAAGAUCUUGUCUUGAUUUCAACACAAGAAGUAAUUUUAGAUUUUAAUUAAGGUCUAACCAAAGAACAAUAAAGAAGUUUUAAAGAAUGACCAGUCGUAAACUCAUAGCUACAUCUUUUAAUAAAGCCAAGCAUCUUUAAUGACUUAGAAACCAUGCUAUUAAUGUGUAGGUUGAAAUUCAAGUUAGUGUCAAGAAUAACACCCAGAUCUAUAACUGAGUCAACUAAUUGUAACCUAGUGUCCCGUAUAUAGUAAGAAUUAUUCUCAAAGUUUCUUAGUCGAGUAAAAGUUAUAGCAUGGCAUUUGUUUGCAUUUAAGUCCAUACCAUUAAGUGAGCACCAUUCCACAAGACCAUUAAGAUCUGAUUGCAAAUUGUAGUGAUCCAAAUCAGAGGCAAUUAUGUGAAAUAAUUUAAUAUCUGCAAAUAGAAGAAAUUGAGCAAAAUUGAAACUUUUAUUUAUGUCAUUUAUAAAUAAAUUAAAAAGGAUAGGUCCUAAGUGGGAGCCUUGAGGUACCCCCGAUUUAACUAUAAUUUCAUUAGAGAAAUAAUUCUUAAUACGAACUAUCUGCCUUCUAUCUAAUACAUAAUUUCGAAUCCAACUAAUCAGAGGAUCAGAGAAACCUAACUGUUCGAUCUUAUGUAACAAUAACGUAUGGUUGACCCUAUCGAAUGCCUUUUAAAAAUCUGUAUAUAUCGCUUCUACCUGUUGCUUGCUUUCCAAUGCUUCAUUUAAGUUUUUCUGUUUUUAAUUUAAUAAGUUCAUUUCAGUUGAUCUCCCCAUAACAAAACCAUACUGUUGUUCAAUAAUUACAUUUUGUAUAGUAGGCUUAAUUUGGUCACAUAUUAAACUCUCAUUAGGUAUAGUAUUAAGGAUACUAAUAGGUCUGUAGUUUUGAACCCUGCUUCUAUCUCCUUUCUUGAAUAUCGGUGAUUAAAACUAACUUUCCAAACGGGAGGGAAUUCACUCGUUUUUAAUGAUUUUUGAAAAAUAAAGAAUAAGGGACGAGCAAGAUUAAAAUUACAGUAUUUCAGUAACUUGGGUGGGAUUCCAUCAGGCCCUUGACCCUUAUGUAUGUUUAGCUGGGAUAAUUUGGUAUAUACCUCUGAAAUAGAUAAGUCACAACCAGUAAUGUUGAAACUAGUGUUAGUAUUUGCACUAUUUGGAAUAGGACAUUCGUCUUCUCUAUACACUGCAGCAAAGUACUGAUAUGGUGCUUCCUAAGGUUUAUUGAGAGAAUUGAAGGACGGAGAUCCUUUUGCUUAUAGAAGUAAUGUUGAGAACAAAUAGUUCAACAUUUAAUUAAUUGAUUUCAACUCGCUACUGUUUGGCUGCUGAGCGGGUGUAAAGUUUUGUUUGUCAUCAACACUCGUUGACUCGUUCAUUCGCUAGCCUUUAAACUCGCCGACUAUAGUUUGUUUUUAAACCAAGAGGAGUGAUUCAAAUUUACCGCGUUGUAAUGCUUGUUUGUCAUUGGUCCAACCGCAGACAAGUUUAUUUCACUGUUAUAAAAUUUUGACACUAAUGACAUUUAUCAAAUUUUGACAGUAUUGGCAUUUCAUAGGUUCACCCUCAGCGCCAGUGUAUCCUUUUAGAUACACACUGUCCUCAACGCUGUGUACCGAAAAAGAUACACAUGGUUCGUUGUGUUUGAUCUGAUGUGUCUCCUAAAAGGACACACUUUCUUAAGUUUUUAUAUGUAGAGAAUAAUGUUUUGGUCUGAGCCAAUUUGCUGGUAUAACUGGGUUUUGCCUUGACAUGAAAAGAUAUGUUGUAUGUAACUAGAAAUUCAUAUGAAAAAUGUUAUUGUAGUACAUAACUAUUUGAUACCAUUCACCCAAAAAAACAUUUUGGCCCAGAAUGAAAAUUUUGUGAACUAGCGUGGCGCUGAAGGUGUUAUUAAGUUAUAUCGACGAUUUUUUGUGUUUUCUGUGUUAUUCCUUUAAUUUUUAGAUAUUUAGUCUGCUUUUAUAUAAAAAGAAUGUGUGUACUUUGUACGCACGUAAGAAGUUAUACUUCUAUUAUAUGAUUUCAACGAAAUCAAUAUACUUUAAACAGUUUCUCUACUACUUUCCAAAAAUUUUUAUUAAAACAAUACCAAAAAAUAAACGAAUAAAACACACACAAACACAUUGAAAAAUGCCACAAAUGAUUUCUGAACAAUAAUUGUUGCCAAAAAUUUUAAUUAAAUACGUAUUUUCUGAAAAAAUUAUAUAAUAAUAUACUUACAAUCAUAAAAUCUAUAAAAAAAAUAAAAAAAAUGAUAUAACUUGCAUUGGGCUUGAACCUACUUCCCGUGUAUCCCGCCGUAUGAGAGUCGAAGCGAUUUCAAACUGCCCCACCUUCGCGUAUACGUCAUGUGGGAAUAUACACAAACUGAACAACUUUUUGACAUUUUGUUUAUAUGAAUUUUUAUUAGUUUGAUUUUUGUCGAAUUAAAAUACAACAAUAUAUAGAGUAAGAAAACGAAACAUUAGAUGAAAAUUUGUAGAAAGUUUGUUCGUAAUCAGAUUAUGUAAAUUAAAGCAUUGCCUACUAGGGGUAUAGCAUAGCAAGUACUAGGUAAGUACAUUAUUUUUUUUACUUUUUCCAAAUAGGUAUGAAGAUAAUUUUUUAUUGGAAUACAACUGAAAUAUUUAGAAUUACGUACCUGUGGCUUUUCAAAACUAUUUAAAAAGUCACUAUAAUUAUAAAUUUGAUUUUAUUUCUGUCCUCACAACAAUAAAAACUAAUAUAUUAUACAUUUUUGUUUACCGAUAACCUCCAUAUUGUAACAAUAACGAGCGUUCGGGUAUUUAUUUACGACUUUAUUAUUUAUUUAUACAAGUUUACUUUACAAACUUUAGCUUAAGACUAAACUCUAUUCACAAAAAUUAUGCCUUAUAUAUCCUAGUCGUUAUUCUCGAUCAUUCCGGGCUAAGCCAGCUCUCCGACUAUCGUGUGACCUUCCAACAACCGCGCAUCGGUUCCACGUAUAGCGUGCUUCGAUCUAGACUUUUCUCGGCUUACGUCUUGCGGCCGGUGACUCAUUGUUUUGCUACAUUGCUCCCCUCUUAAGAUCUGAGCGUCCCGAUCAGCAACUCUAGAUGAAGGCCCAGGAUGGCGGAAUCUACACGACUCUCCAGCUUUGCAUACACCCUUCAAGAAGAAAUAACAGUCUACUGUCUUUGAAGGAUCCGACAUCUUCGGGUUCAUGCAACACACAGUAAUUCGUACGCCAGUUUCUCGGAAGACCACUUCAAGCAUGCUUCUCACAAUCUUCCAAUCCAGAUUUUCUACUGCAUGGCCUAUUUUUGGUAAAGCCAAAUCUUUGAUGUCAUAAUUACACACGAUUUUCUUCAAAUUACUUAGAGCACGCCAUAUGUUCUCAUAGCUUGGCGUGUCCGUAUAAGACUUCCUGGUCACCAUAUACAGCAAAGAUCGAGGACCAUCUUCCAAUCGCAGUACUCUUCCAAUUUUAGGCUGCUGAUUUCUUAAUUCGUCCAGGCGGCCGAACUUUCUAUUGAAUACGGACGAGAUUCCUUUAGUCAUCUCGAGGUCUUGGGCAACACAGUGGGCUAGAGAGACGUUUUCUGGAACACCAAACAGAUCUUGCUGAACUUCUGUGGUCACGCCGAAUCUAGCACUCUUUCUUUCUGCGUAAUUUGAUGAUAAAUUCCUUAAAACUUGGCUGUGCGGCAUCUUUCAUUUCCUGUUGGAGGACUCGGGCUUCUUCUGUUUCAUUGGAGCCAGCAUAUGGUGCAAGACGAUUUAUGUGAAUAACUUUUGGUUUACCGUUUGGCAACUUCUUAAUUCUGUAUAUUACGUCAUUUAUUUUCUUCUUAACUUCAUACGGACCUUCCCAUUGUCUUUGUAGUUUAGGACACAAGCCGCGACGACGUUGUGGAUUAUAAAGCCAGACAAGAUCACCUAUUUCGAAGCUUUCAUUCUUGCAUCGAGAAUCAUAUUGAUCUUUCAUUCUGUCACUGGCUAUCUGGAUGUGUUGUCGGGCAAAUUCAUGAAUGUUGUUCAUUCGUAUCUUCAGGUCGACGUAUUCUUCGCCUGCAACAUGUUCCUCGGAAGGUCUGCAGCCAAACUCUAGGUCGCAGGGCAAACGAACUUCACGACCCAACAUCAGGCAGGUUGGAGUUUGACCUGUAGUUUCAUUUACGGCCGAGCGGUAGGCCAUCAGGAAUAAAUGAAUGUGUUGGUCCCAAUCUCGCUGAUGUUCAGAUACAACUUUGGACAAGUGUUUACCCAUCGUUCGGUUCAUCCUCUCGACCAUCCCAUCUGAUUGAGGAUGCAGGGGUGUUGUUCUGGUCUUAUUGGCACCAAUCAAUUUACAAACGUUUUGGAAAAGAGCUGACUCAAAGUUUCGCCCUUGGUCGGAGUGGAUCUCCAAGGGAACACCAAAUCGGCUGAAGAAUUCUCUAACAAGUACCUCUGCAACGGUAGCAGCUUCUUGAUUCGGUAAUGCAUAGGCCUCGGUCCAUUUCGUAAAAUAAUCCAUGGCUACCAGGAUGUAUUUAUUUCCAGCAUCGGUUUCUGGAAAUGGACCUGCAAUGUCGAUUGCUACUCUUUCCAGAGGACUGCCAACAUUGUACUGUCUCAUGGGUGCUCUCUUUUUACCAACUGGACCAUUACCGGAUGCACACAGUUCACAUUUCCGGCACCAUCUUCUUACAUCAUCUUUACAGUUCACCCAAUAGAACCGUUCUCGAACCUUUUGCAGAGUCUUCGUAAUACCAAAGUGUCCACCUGAUGUACCGUCAUGCAACUGACGCAAUACUUCUGACACUUUACUUUUAGGUACAAUCAACUGAAGCUUCGAUUCUGUACCAUCAUCGUUCUCAAAGGUUCUGUACAGAAGAUCAUCUUUUAGUACCAGGCAAUUCCAUUGGCUCCAGCCAGGCAACCAAAUAACGUUUAAAAAACGUUGAAAAAACGUCAUAAUUAUCACCAAACGACGUCAGUUUAUCACGUUUUUUCGACGUCGAAGAUCACGUGAAUAUGUCCCACCAUAAGUCACGUCAUUUUUAUCACGUUUUAAGUACGUGAUAUGAAAAACGUAGUUUUUACGUCGAUUUUGCGUCGUUUUUUAGAUUUAAUUUUCAUUUUAUGGAUUUAGAAAUACACAAUAAUUGAAUGGGCCCACCACAUGGUUUGUUUUUGAGAAGUCAAAGAAAAAGUUUUAUAUUGUGAUAAUGGUGAGUUUAUACAUUUUAAAGGUGAGUAAUACAGUUUGUAUUUUGUAUUUAAAAACUGUAUUACUAACCCUUAAAAUGUAUAAACUCACCAUCAUCACAAUAUUAAGACUUUUUCUUUGACUUCUCAAAAACAAACCAUGUGGCGCUUACAACGUUAUUCGGCAGGCCCAUUCAAUUAUUCGUAUGGGCAUUGUUAGUAUUGCAAUUUUUCCAUUUAAAUAAAACCAAAUAGAAGGCUUGUUAAAAUGCAUAGAAUUACAAUAUCCUCAAUGCAACAUAUAUAACAUACAUAGAAUUUUCACUUUUUAUAUUAUAAGUAUUUACUGUGUCAAAAGUGAAACAACAUAUAAACUAAUAAAUCAUUUAUUAACAAAUUAAACAUUUAAGUCACAAUGUAAUAACAAACUUAAGUUUAAACCAUUUAAGUUAUAUAACAUAUAUAAUUAUUAUAAUUAUACCACACACUUUAAAGGUACGAUUCCGACAACUACUGCAGAUGGCAGUUACAGUUGUCACCAUGACAGACGUCAUUAUUUUGCACUAAUAAUUUGCAUAAUUAUUAGCAACUGACGUUCUGCCAGACAGCAGUUGCAGUCAGAUGUCGGAAUCAGUCUCAUACAGAUAAAUAGUGCAAAGUAGUAACGUCCAUAACGCCGAGAACUGCAACUGAUGUUUGCAGUUGCUGUCUGCAGUCGUUAUCGGAAUCGUA